ACACUCCAGAAGUGCAUUUUUGUUGCUCUUUCGUCGUCUAUCAUCGCUUAACGACAACGCGCAGGCGUCAUAUCCCGCAUAAUUGAAGAGUGCAGUUUGUUAGUCAGGCUGUCGCGACUCAUGACCAUCUUGAUAACUGGGGCCGCCGGGCGAACAUCCGGAUAUGUGAUAAAAGCGCUGCUUCAGUCAACUAACCCUGCUGCCCAAGAGCUUCGCCUGCUGGUGCGCUCCAAAAGUGCCAUUGAGAAGUUGCAGACAAAAUAUCCGCAGCUCCCGCGGUCCGCAUUUGUGAUCGCGGAUUACCUUGAGGCCAGCACACUCCCUGCUGCGGUCCAAGGAGUGGACGUCGUCUUCCACAAUGCUCCGGCGUUCCAUCCUCAGGAGACCGCUAUGGGCAUCGCGAUCAUCGAGGCCAGCAAGCAGGCAGGCGUGAAGCAUUUCGUCUACUGCAGCGUCCUUCAUCCCAUCUUGACCAAAUUGCUGAAUCACAAAGUCAAGCGCUACGUCGAGGAAUACUUGCUUGAAUCCGGUCUAAACUACACUAUUUUGGAGCCAUCUUCAUACAUGCAAAACGUGAAUCUGCAACAUGUUCUGGCAUAUUCCAAGCUUCCCGCCCCGUGGAGCCAGAAAACAUUGCAAGGUUAUCUCGACCUCGAAGACCUCGCUGCAGUCGCGUGCCUUGUCUUGUUAGAUCCGGAACCGCACAACCGUGCACGAUACGAACUUAUCGGACAAAACUGCACCCAAGAAGAUGUAGCGCGAGAGCUUUCGUCCCACCUAGGGCGCCAGAUCAAGUGCGAGCUGGUACCCAGGGAGCAGAUACUUGAUCGUGGCGUGUUCGCCUUCACGCUGCAGGGUGAUUACGCCGCGGAGGCCCUAGACAGGAUGUUGUAUUACUACGAUAAAAGGGGAAUUCCUGGAAAUAACAACGUACUCAGGUGGUUGCUGGGACGCGAGCCGACGACGUGGACGGCAUUGAUUCGCAGGGAGCUCCAGUGAGACUGUUGAGGUGACUGAGUAUGUCAGUUGUUGUGUCAGCGAAUAGCAUGGUGAUUGUAAAACUUGCUGGCGGCGGUUCUGCAUGGACUACCAUGAAAUGCACAGUAAUGAAGUUAUUAUGUGCACAUUGGGCAUCCGAAGUGUUACAGAAACCAUAACUGCCCAU